CACGACCUCACCUCCUCCAUCCUCUCCCUCGCCGACACCCGCCGCCGCCGCCUCCGCCUCUCAGCCCUCCUCAGUCCUCACCUCCCCCGCCACCUUCUCCCUCGCCCUCUCCCACCUCCACUCCCUCUCCCUCCCUCAAAACACUUCCUCCCUCGCCAUUCGCCAAACACUUCCUCUUCUCCCUCGCCAUUCCCACUGUUGACUGUUCCCCCGCCAAUUCUUCUUCCUUCUUCUUCUCUCACAUUUCUCCAUGGAAACAGAUCUGGAGCCUGGAGGGGUCGCGGGGAGGGGAGGGGAGGCGCAACGACGGGCGGUGAGGCGACGGGCGGCGAGGCACGGCGAGGAUCCUGGCCUCCACUUGGAGCCGCCGUCGCUGGAAGCCCUAAUUUUGCAGAGGAAGACGCGGCCCAAAUUUCCGGCGCCGAGGAGGCGGAGCAGCUUGAGGUGGCUGAGGUGGAGGCGCCCGUCGGAGGAGAGGUUCGUGGCGGUCCUGAUUGCGGACCAGUGAGGGUCGGAUCUGCGGUGGUGUAGCGAGUUGUAGGAAGAAAGAGAGAAGAAGAGUUGAAGGAGUUGUAGGAAGAAAGAGAGAAGCUGGAGGGGUCACCUUCUCUAUUUUAUAUUUUUUCGGUUGUGGGUCGGUCGGCCGGUUAGCCGCGGUUAACCGCCUUCGGUUACUCGGCUAACCGGAGAACCCUUCAGUCUUGCCUAACACCGACCGCGACUAAUAACCGGUCGGUUUUCGGUUAGUGACUAGCCGGCGGUUAGCGGUUAAAACCGCCGAUUAGCCGCUAACCGGAAACCGAUCUGCCACCCCUAAUAGGAUCCACUGUUUUUCUUCUUCUUCUUCCUUUCUUUAUUCGCCUUCUGCUACGGUGUUACAAGAAUAAGUAGUUGAUAGGAUG